AUGCAAAAUUAAGCUAAAGGUGGUUUGACUUUGGGAAGUAAUCCAUUUGCAUUCUCUCAGUAAAAGAAUGGAGUAAAAGGACAAAAUAAUGGAACAGCAAGAUUAUUUUCUACUCCAUUCAAUGAUUCAGCAGUUGAUACAACAAAAUUUACACAGUAGAAUACUGCAGGCCAAGACAGUUAUGACUAAUAAUUGAAUGGCAGCCAUCAGCAAUAAAACAUAUUGUUCGAAAAAAAUACCUUAGGUUAUAAUAUAAACAAUAAUCAACCAGAUGGUGGCCCAGGUGCACAUAAUAGAUUGAGAUAAUAGCAAAAUAUUUAGCAUCAGAACCAAAAUUUCAUUAAAAACUAGCAUUAGUAGCAGUAGGUUAAAUAGACUCCGUUCACUCCAGUUACUUAAAAUUAGUAUCAUGAGGAGGAAGAUUAGCACAUCGAAUUUGUAGCUGAUCCACCAGCUAAUCAUAGCUUUGGCUAAAAUGGAUUCAGUCAUAAUGAUGAGAGUAUAUCUCUUGAUGAAAUCUAAACUGAUAAUAGUGAUUUUACUUAUCAAAAAUAAUCAAAUCAAAGAAUGCCAUAAAACUAGCAACUAAACAGAGGUGGCCAUCAUUAGCAAUAAGCGUUUAAAACUCCAUUUAGAUAAGACCCAGCAUCCUAACAACAAUAAGAUCCUAAACUAGAGAAGUCUGAAUCAGGGAAAGUCGAUGAGGAAGAAGAGAUUUCUCUUCUGGAAGAUCUUGAAAUUGACCUGGAUAGAAUCAAGGCAAAAUUGAUAUCAGUGAUUACGUAAAGAGGCAUUAAAGAAAAUGCAGACUAUGACGACAUGUCUGGUCCUAUUCUAGUUUGCAUUCUUUUUGGGUUCCUUCUUUUAUUGAAAGGUAAAGUAUAAUUUGGAUAUAUCUAUGGGUUUGGUUUGACAGGAUGUCUAGGAAUUUACUUCAUAAUUAAUCUUCUCAGUAAGAGAGGCUAGUAUGUUGAACUUUAUAAGACCACUAGCAUUCUAGGAUAUUCUUUGAUGCCUUUCGUGCUGCUUGCUCUUACUUCAGUAUUUGUAGAGCUGAGCAAUAUCAUUGGAGGUGUAUUGUCCUUGGCUAUGAUUAUUUGGUCUACAACAACUGCUACUAGAUACUUUGAAUAUGGUUUAGAUAUGGAAGAUAAGAAGUACUUAAUCGCUUAUCCAAUAUCCCUCUUCUAUUUUGUUUUUAUGUUGUUGACUGUAUUCUGA